GGUUAUAGGCAAUUUAAAAUGUGUGUUUGAAGUCUUAAUAGUGUAUUUGGAUGAGGUUGAGGUUGAAGGUAUAUAUUUUGGAUUUUCCAUUUAAACUUUGAACACUUUGGUGGGCCAAAUAUCAGUCGAUCAUUUUUGGGUGAUUCAAAUAUAGGCAAUAGAAGGUUGCAAUUAAAAUUAGUAUAAAAGCCUUUGACAAUAAGACAAAAGACAUCAGUUGUCUGACAUAACUUCAUCAGAAAUUUGUUUCUAAAAAAAGAUGGCAAAAUUCCUUCAAAUUGUUUUGGUAGUGGGUCUUAUUGCUGUAGGAUCAGCUGAACCGCCUCGUCGAUUCAAUCAACGUUUUCAAAAUCGCAAUCGUUUUUUCGCCCGCCAAGAAGUGGCGACCAAUGCAGCUGCAGCUCCACAAUCAGCAGUAACACCAUAUCCCCCAGCUGGUGAAAAACCCGACAUUCCAUUUGAUCUUCCUAAUCAAGAAGCAGCACCGUUCCCUGACCCAACUUAUGGACCACCCGAUCAGACUUAUGGCCCACCUGAUCAAACAUAUGGACCACCACAACCCGAAGCUGAUCUACCAGAAGAACCAGAAGAUUAUGAUGAACAGACAACUGAUGAACCUGAGGCUGAGAGACUGGUUUUUGUUAAAAGACGUCCAGGUCAAUCAUCUCGUUUAGUAUUGCAAAAAGGUCAAAGGACAUUUAGACCGCAAGGAUCAGCAUCAGCACAAUUGAGGCGACCAGCACCAUCGUUCGCAAAGUCAUCACCUAGAUUGAGGCAGUCAUCAGCUUCAUCAGCUAGACUUCAGAGGCAGAAUUUAAUAGCACAACCAAUUCUUUUGCAAGAUGGAACUCUCGUUUACUCUAUUCCCAUUUAGAGAUAAUGAUAGAGAUUUUUUUCUGUUUUGUUUUUGAAUUCGACAUAUUUCACGAUUUUUUGUUAUUAAUUCCUUUUUGUUACCCGAAAUAAAACA